UGCGUGCGUGAGUGAACGCCCGCAUUGCCGCGUACGUAAGCAGGUGACGGCGACGCCGCCCACGAAUUACGAUUUACGAUACAAAGCCACACACAACACAACGACAAGGCCAUCCAAUACCUUGAGAGACAGGGGGGCAAAUAUUCCGCCACUUGCCUUGAUUCUGCUUGCUGCGGCUGCUGCCCCGUUGCUUGACGUCUACAGCACUGGGAGAGCACCAACCGCGCAUCAUACGCAUCAAGAGCAGAGAGCGCGCAGAGGGAGAGGGGUGAGGAGGAGAUGGCUGCGAAGUGGCAGGAGGCGCCGGCGCCGGGUGUGAGGGUCCUCCUGUUCGCCGUCGCGGCCGCCGCGCUGCUGCUGGUCGUGUCGGCACGGAAGGUGGGGGAGACGUGCGCGGCGGACCGGAACUGCGACGCCGGGCUGCACUGCGAGACGUGCGUGGCCGACGGCAACGUCCGCCCGCGCUGCACCCGCGUCACCCCCGUCGACCCGCAGACCAAGGCGCGGGACCUGCCGUUCAACCGGUACGCGUGGCUGACGACGCACAACUCGUUCGCGCGGCUCGGCACGCGGUCGCGGACGGGGACGGCCAUCGCCACGGCCUGGAACCAGCAGGACACCAUCACCGACCAGCUCAACAACGGCGUGCGAGGACUGAUGCUGGACAUGUACGACUUCCGCAACGACAUCUGGCUCUGCCACUCCUUCGGCGGCGCCUGCCAGAACUUCACCGCAUUCGUGCCGGCGGUGGAGGUGCUGGGCGAGAUCGAGCGGUUCUUGGCACGGAACCCGUCGGAGGUGGUGACGGUGUUCGUGGAGGACUACGUGGAGUCGCCCAUGGGGCUCACCCGCGUCCUCAACGCCUCCGGCCUGACAAAGUACGUGUUCCCGGCGUGGCGGAUGCCCAAGAGCGGCGGCGACUGGCCGCGGCUCAGCGACAUGGUCCGCGACAACCACCGCCUCCUCCUCUUCACCUCCAAGUCCGCCAAGGAGGCCGCAGAGGGCAUCCCCUACGAGUGGCACUACGUCGUCGAAAACCAGUAUGGGACGAAGGGGAUGAUCAAGGGGAGGUGCCCGAACCGCGCGGAGUCGGCCGCCAUGAACGACCUCUCGAGGUCGCUGGUGCUGGUGAACUACUUCAGGGACCUACCGAAUUUCCCGGUGGCCUGCAAGGACAACUCGGCGGAGCUGCUCGACAUGCUCACCACCUGCCAUGACCUGUCCGCGGACAGAUGGGCCAAUUUCAUCGCCGUCGAUUUCUACAAGAGAAGUGAUCGAGGUGGUGCGGCUGAAGCCACGGACAGGGCCAACGGCGGACUGGUCUGUGGGUGUGGGAGCGUCUCUGCUUGCAGUGGCAAUGGUACAUGCACGACCGCUCGGCACGGCGGCACGCCCAAAGGCAUCUUUAACGCGACAUCGGGCGCCACGGCGUUGCUGCGGCCGCCGACGGCGACGUUGCAAUGGCAGCAGCUCAUCAUACUGGUGCCAUCUACGCUGGCUGCUCUACUCUUGAGCCUUUGAGAGAACAUGGCAGAAACACCAAGCAUCACCACCGCAUCCUUUCCCCCCAAAUUUUGCUGUACAUAGAUUGCAUCUGCCUCCCAGAAACAGAUUAGAUCCCGCUUUACAUUGUACAUCAAACAUUCGCAAGAGUUUUGGAUACCUGAUUGGUUGGGUCUACAUUGUAAUCGAUCAAGAAUUUGUUUGUACUCAUUGUACGCAAGACAUGCAAGCUCCGAUGAAUGAGCACAUCAAAAA